GUGUGUAGUUCCUUGCCAACAUUUCUGACAGAUUUUGGUGCGGAAGCUGUAGAAGAUGUAAUUUAAAACCUUUCGCCGACACACGUCGGAUUUGGGCACGGAAAGAGCCUCAUCUGCUGCAUUUUAAGGGGAGGGUUAAACAUUUAGGAGAAAGACAUUUUAAAAACUUAGUGCUGACGCGGACUGGGAGCUGGAGCAGCCGACUGGGUUGUGAACUCCACCAUGUUUCUUUGGGUUUUAGUUUUAGUGGCCUUCGUUUCCAGAACAGAAUGUUAUUUUUCGGAGGAAAAAUAUCAAGAAGAAUCGAAAAUUCAGCCGCCAACGAUUAUUAUUGCGAUCAUUGCUCGGAACGCGGCGCACUCUUUGCCAUACUACCUCGGGGCGUUGGAGAGGCAGAACUAUCCCAAAAACCGCAUCUCUGUAUGGGCAGCAACAGAUCACAACGCUGACAACACUACAGCUGUUCUGAAAGAAUGGCUGACCGUCAUGCAGAAGUUCUAUCACUAUGUGGAGUGGAGGCCCAUGGAGCAUCCUACGUCCUACCCAGGAGAGAUGGGGCCUAAAUACUGGAGCAACGGCAGAUAUGAAUACCUGAUGAAACUCAAACAGGCUGCUCUCAACUUCGCCAAGCAACGCUGGGCUGACUACAUACUGUAUGUAGACACAGACAACAUCUUGACCAACCCAGAGACCCUCAACCUCCUGAUAGCAGAGAACAAGUCUGUGGUCGCCCCCAUGUUGGACUCCCAGGGAGCUUACUCUAACUACUGGUGCGGCAUCACUCCACAGGGUUACUACCGGCGUACGGCUGAGUAUUUCCCCACCAGACACCGCCAUCGGCUGGGCUGCUACCCGGUGCCCAUGGUCCACUCUACCUUCCUGCUGGACAUGAGGAAGACGGGAAUGAAGAAGCUGGCCUUCCACCCUCCUCACCAGGACUACUCCUGGCCCUUCGAUGACAUCAUCGUCUUCGCCUUCUCCUGUCGCGUCUCAGAGGUGCAGAUGUACCUGUGCAACAAGGUGAGGUAUGGAUACCUGAACGUCCCAGCCAAGCCUCACCACACCAUAGAGGACGACAGCAUCAACUUCAGCCACCUCAUCCUGGACGCCAUGAUUGACGGACCCUCCAUGGCCCCCUCCAAAUAUGUCAGCCUCUUCCCCAAACGGAGAGACCUCAUGGGCUUUGAUGAGGUGUACCUGAUCAACCUGCGUCGGCGUCAGGACCGUAGGGACAGGAUGCUGUACUCUCUCAACGAGCUGGAGAUCGACGUCAAAGUGGUGGACGCCAUAGACGGAGGAGCGCUGAACAGCAGUGAUAUAAAGAUCCUUGGAGUGGACAUACUACCUGGUUACUAUGACCCGUUCUCUCGUCGUACCCUGACCAAAGGAGAGGUGGGAUGCUUCCUCAGCCACUAUUACAUCUGGAAGGAGAUGGUAGACCAGCAGAUGGAUAAGGCUCUGAUCUUCGAGGACGACGUGCGUUUCCAGGCCAACUUCAAGCGGCGCGUGCUCCGUCUGAUGGAGGAGGUGGAGAUGGUGGAACUGGACUGGGACAUCAUUUACCUGGGCCGUAAGCAGGUGACGCCGGGUGACGAGGAGGAGGUGGUGGAGAACGUGAGGAACCUGGUGGUAGCAGACUAUUCCUACUGGACCCUGUCCUACGCCAUCUCUCUCCAGGGGGCCCAGAAGCUGCUCAACGCCGAACCCCUCUCCAAGAUGCUGCCCGUCGACGAGUUCCUGCCCAUCAUGUACGACAAACACAUCAAUGAGGACUACAAGUCUCACUUCGCGAACCGUAACCUGCAGGCGUUCUCUACGCGCCCCCUUCUGGUGCAACCAGCCCACUACGCUGGGGACCCCGAGUGGGUGAGCGACACGGAGACCUCCACGCUGUGGGACGACGACAACGUGCGAACAGACUGGAGGGGUUCCCACAAAACCCUGAAGGGGGCACCUCAAUCCGACAUGCUGCAGGCAACGUAUAAGGAUGAGCUCUAGUUGAACCAUAUUAGUGCCUGAUUCACACUGUCGGGCCAACUCAAACCGCACUGGGCUGACUUGGGAUGUUGUCUUUUCACGCUGUACUUUUCCAGUAUGGUUCCAGAAACUUAAGUAGCACAGAUUGGAUCGGUUUGGCUCCAUAGUGUGAAAAGUGUAAUUGGUUCCUGGUUAUAAGUGCCACUGCUGACAGAGAGGAAGAUCUCUGCUAUUCACAAGUGCCUUAAUUUCUGACUGUAUAUUUCUAUUUCACCAUUUUGUACUGGGUAUGUCUGUCCGUAGUCACUGGGAAUGACUGGAUAUACAUACAGUAGUGAUGCCGGCUGAGGCUCCAGAGACUUGGUCUGCUCACAUCAAGUGACCCCAGAUCUGUUUUCAAAGUGUUUGUGUGUGGCUUUGUCUGUGUACGGAUGCUGACGUUUAAAAAAAUAAUUUGACUCAUGAACAUUGUCCUUGGCUGUCCAUCUGCGCACCCACUGAACAUUCCAGGGUCUGGACUCACCUCACUGUACACUUAGUCCCCGGGGGUCGGCCGACAGAAAUGACCGGAGGUGGAACCCAUUCUCUUUUAUAUCACAUUCCACUCUUAUUCAGUGUAUUGUGAGAACAGUCUUAAAAGAACAGUCUUUACUUUAGCAAAGUAACUACAUACAAGUUGAACUGUGAGCCCUCACACAAGGUAAGGAUCCUGUAGCUAGCAGUGUGACUGAUCUAGGACAGGAGCAGUGUCUCUCUCUCUCUCUCUCUCUAUGCCUGACCUCGUGGUAGAGUCUCUCACUAGAGCAGACAGGAGUCAACAGACCAGAGAGAAGCCGGCCAACUUAGGUGUUGUUAAUGGUGCCAAUUGCUACAGCGAUCGUGUUACAGUCUGACUGAGCUCAUUGGUGUCGGUUUGUGUUGGUGUUUUAUAAAUGCAUACAAGUUC